GUGGAUCACUGAGGACUUUGACAAACCUGAUGCGUAUAGUUUCUUUAAAACAAACAAAACGGAUGUUACCGGAGAUAUUCUUAUUUUAUCACAAAGCUGAAUUUUUAGUAACACAUGGACGUUAUUGUGCAUGCAGAUCAUAUUUUAAGUUGUUGAAGCAAAAUCAGUGAGUUUAUAAAACUGCAUGGUUUGUUCUUUCUUUAUACUUGUAUAAAUGUACAACAUAUCCGCGUUUGUGCAUCAGUGUCUGUAAUGUGUGCUGUAGUAGGUGCAAAACUUUUAGGAAUCUUAUCCAAGUUGUAGGCUAGUCAGUAUUGGUCAGUCGUAUCUGACAUAAAAGAUCCGCGAAUGAAACUGUGACCACAAACAUUAUUAACUUACGUGAGUGAAACGUAAUAAUCAGCAAUAUGCGUUCACACAGAUAACUUUUUUAAUGUUUCAAUAUGUGUUGACACAAAUGACUUUAUUUGAAUGUUUCAUUGCAACAUGGCACUGAGUUGUUAGAAAACAAAUGCGUAUAGUGACGUCUUUGCUUGAUGACGCCAGGAACUGGCGAAUCGUCUUUUUGAACCGGUUCAGUGAGCCGAACUGUCCGAAAGAACCGGUUCGCGGAAAUGAUUCGGACUGUGCAUUACUAUGGGCGAGGCCAAAACAGAGGGGCGUUUUCGACCAUGUGAACUGAUUGGCUCACGUCAUAGUGACGUUUAUGUUUAGAGAUCAUUUUCAUUGCAUGAUUUAAGAAACACCCACCGAAUCACAAAUGGCCACUGCUCUGCAGAGACCUCGAUCUCCUUCGGUUUGAUUGUCAGGCGGUCUGACCAAUCCUACCGCCGAUAUAAUGCGUCCCCCGUUGCUAUCCGCCGCUUUGCCCGACAAACAAAACAGUCCGACAAAGCAAGCAGGCACAGUAAACAAACGUCGGUUGUUAACUAAAACAAAUGGUGAAAAGGUGCUCGUAUGGGACCUGCAACGCAGACAGCAGGUAUCCAGACAGACUAGGAAAUACACAGUUUCACCCGUUCCCUAAACCUGCCAGAAAUCUGGAGAAGUGUAUCAAAUGGAUUCGUUUGUGUGGACGACCUCACCAGCAACUGAGUUUGGACAAGUUGAGAAAUCAUUCCACAGCCAAACACAUAUAUGUGUGUUCAAAGCACUUCAUUGAUGGCCGGCCAACACCCGCUCACCCCGAUCCUCUGCCAGCACUGACAUAUGACCGUAGUAACGUUACACCUGCGAAACGUCCGGCAGAGUUGCAAACAGUGUCAGUGCCAUCAAGGAAAAGACUGCGAGAUGACUGCCACCUAGAUGAUGCUGAAGACAUCAGGUGUGAUCUACAAGUUGUUUCUGUGGAUAUUAAAGAAGAAAUGGCAACAGAACCAAUAAUGGAGGAUACCACUACAGAGGAGAGCACUACAGUCCCUAAAAUAGCUACAGGUGAAGAUAAGGAGAAAGAUGUCCAGGGUGCAGCGGCAGUUUUGGAUGGUGUUCCACAAUUAACUCCAGUCAUACAAAGCAACAUUGAACAAAGUGAUGGAGUUAAGACAGGACUCCUGUUCAUGGUAACGAAUCCAGCAGCAGUUGCCAGUAAUGUCCAGACAUGUCCAUCUACAUCUGGGACAUACAUUGCCUUCCCCAUCAUAUGUUCCUAUCGAUCAGAUGAGCCAGCACAGAUACAACCAAAGUCUGAGCCAGCACAGAUUCAACCAAAGUCUGAGGAACAUGAAGUGGAUAUCAGCAUGCCUUCAUUACAUUCUCCUUCAGACACAAAGGACACAAGUUCUGUUCCUACAAACACAACAUUGACCUCAACUCCAACUAUAAAGGAAGAAACAGAAGAUGAGAUGUGGAAAGAAAGAAACUGGAUUGUGAACGAGUCCAAUCUGAUGGAGUUGUUUAAGAGAUGUCAGGAAUGUGGAGCAGUAAUCACCGAAAUCCAAAAAAUAACCUCAGGGAGGUUCAUCCAUGUGCAGUGGGAAUGUGAAAAAGGACAUCAGGGGCAGUGGAGUUCUUGAUGUAUGCAGAUGUUCGAGAAUUGCCUUAAAACUAUUUAUUUUAUUUUAUUUUAUUUUUUUUGUAUGAGCAAGUGUUCUUUUCACCGACAUUGCUGAACAGAGAUUAAAAACCUAUAUAAGUGUUAUUGUUUUUGCCCUGGAUUUUCUUCAAAGUACAACAGGUCUUAAGGGUGAGUAACAUUGUCCACUUUGAUGUAGGUGUGUGUAAAUGCUGAUAAUGUAAAAUUUCAUUUAAAUAUUUUGGCAAUAAAAAGGAAGUCUUGCAAUAUUUUUACUAGUACAAUUAUGCCCAUUUUUAUAAGAUAACAUAAGUCUCUGAUGUCCGUAGAGUGUGUAUGUGAAGUUUUACCUCAAAGUACCCGACAGAUAAUAUUUUAUAGCUUGUGAGCCAAAACGUGCCAGUUUUGUGUUUGUCCCUUUAAAUCCAAAUGAGCUGGUGUUUCCAUUCCCCUUUUCAUAAGAGGGCGGAGCUUCAAGAGCAGGCAAAAAAAAACAGGACAAUCUAAGGCACUGAAACUGUCAGAAAUUCUCAGUAGCGGCAUUCAGCCUCAUAUGUCCGAGACAGAAUCGGUUUAAAAGUCAGUCAUUUGAUUGUACUGUGCAUAAUAAAUGCUAGUUUAUGAAAUACACAAUCGGGGAGCACGGCGUGAUAAAAUAACGACAUAGCUGGUCAUAUUGUGCCUUUGCGUGCUAUCACAAACUUUAUAUAUCCCACUUGACAAAUUGAAGCGGUCGACUCCCCAUUGCUUUCAUAUGCAAUUGUUAACUACCACAUUUCUAUCGUUCUGGUAGCACAUGAAGGCAGCAUCAGCGAAAGCAGGCAGAGACAAUGGAAGCUUUAGCAACAUUAGCCUUACAGAGUGCUGAGAAGAUCUUUCAGAAAGGCAGUUUGGAAAACAAAUCAAGACGCAUGAUACGUAAUUUGUGUGGAGCUGAUGUUUGCGCACAAAGCGUCGAUAUUGAUUCCUCUUUCAGAAUCAACCUUUGUAAAAAUCCAGCGUUGACCUUACCUUCAUUUGUGAGGUAGUUCAGUGUAAAAUGAUUGGUGGAAACAUACAGGGGACUUUGCCCUGGGUAUAAGGCGAGCAGAGGUAGACAUUGUAGACCUUUGUGAAAUGGUGUUAUGAUGCUUGUUUGCAGUUGUAUGUGUCUAAGACAAAAGAUAUGAUCAUCGACUUCAGAACAAAAAUGCAUCCUUCCUUGGCUACCCUUAUUAGGGGUGAGAAGGUGGAAUGUGUGAAUAGUUAUAAAUAUCUGGGGACCACUAUUGAUAACAGAUUGUGUUUUGAUGUGCAUACAGAAGUAUUAUGUAAAAAGGGACAGCAAUGCCUAUACUGUUCAAGAAAACUAAGAUCAUUCAAUAUAGAUAGACAUUGAUGGAAUUGUUCUAUAAGUCUUACAUUGAGUCGAUGUUGUCCUUUUCUAUUAGCUGCUGGUUUGGUAAUCUCAGUGUGAAACAUAAAAAUGCAUUAAAUAGAAUAGUUACUCUUAGUGGGAAGAUUAUAGGUAAAGAACAAAGAAAUGUGUCAUUUUUGUUUAAUAGAAAUGUUCUGAGUCGAGUCAGAGUUUUCUAUGCUCCCUUCAGGUUCUCGUUAUAGACUACCGAAGAUGAGGGGUAACCGAUAUAAAUAUUUGUUUGUUCCUUGUGCAAUUCGGUUGUUAAAUGGCUUUUAAGGAAUUUGGUAGGGAAAUUUUGUUCUAUUAUAUUUUAUGUAUUUUUAUGUAUCUAUGUUUUGGUAUGUAUUGUAUGGAUCUGUUGUGUUUCUGAUUCUCGCUGCAUCCAAAUUACCUGCAAGGGAUUUUAAUAAAGCUUGACCUUGACCUUGACCUUGACCUGUAUGCUGACCUGCCCCCUAACCUCCCUCCUUCUUUGGAGCCCUUAAUCACCCCGUAACCUCACGUAAAGCCUAGAGGGGGCUCCUGUUCCUGAGUUUAGCCCAGAGAGGGCUCCUGUUUCCAAGUCAGGCCCUGAAAAAGACUCUGUUUCCAAGUCCAACCCAAAGAGAGACUCCUGUCCAGAGAGGGUUUCUGUCCCCAAGGGCAUACGCCAGAGACUCUGCCGUAUCCACAAGUUUCCUACGCCCCAUGAGGCUUUGCGUCAAAAGUGGGAGCGUCUUCCGGUUCAAAGUAAACAAGCGGGACGUGACACUCAUUCAUUCAACAGUUGACAGGAGUGACGGGCAAAUGAAGCCUCAUGAAGCACCGAGACUUUCCUCUGACUGUUUCGGGAAAAGAUUCAAAGCUUCGAGAGUGUCGAAAACAGCGCGAUCUGGUGGUUAGUAAAAAAUAAAGCAGCCAAAAGACUAAAGGUCCGCUGGAAGAAGCAUUCACCACAAUUUCCAUAGAUCGGUCCAUGUUAUAUGCACAAAUAAAAGCCUAACCAUGUGUUUGUUUGUUGAAUUUCUGACUCUGAUAAAUUAAUUUACCCAUUGAAUAGUGCCAUUAAAUGUCAGUAUGAAUAUCAAUAUGAUGUAAUAAUGAUGUAAGAAUAGUGUACACAUAUAUUAAUUGCAUAUGGUAUAUAUUUAAUUUUCCUGAAAUAAUUUGUACUCUUCACAUUAAUUGUAUGACUGGGUAUUUAAAAAUGUAAUUAUUAAAUGAGUCCUAAUGAAAAUGUACUCACAAAGUAAGGUCUGGGGGUCGAAAAUGUACACGCAAAGUGAAUCGCGUUCAUGACUGGACAGAAAGUGAGGCUUCUACGAAAGUGAUUUCUACGUUAACAAGCCUCGAAUCGAGGCUUCAUCUGUCGUGCCCUUCAACACAAGCUCUGAUGUCUCAGUUCAAAUGUCAUUUCACUAGCUGACAGUCAUUCAAGAUUUAGAGACCCAAACUUGCUAAUAACACAAAUUAGCAAAUGUUGUCCAUAAGAACGUAAUGACAUCUCUCAUAAAGGUGUGCAUCUUUACAAAGUAAACAAUGGUCUUGUGGAUAAGUCUUACAUUGAGUCGAUGUUGUUCUUUUCUAUUAGCUGCUGGUUUGGUAAUCUCAGUGUGAAACAUAAAAAAGCAUUAAAUAGAAUAGUUACUCUUAGUGGGAAGAUUAUAGGUAAAGAACAAAGAAAUGUGUCAUUUUUGUUUAAUAGAAAUGUUCUGAGUCGGGCUCGAUGUGUGCUCUUAGACAGUGACCAUUUUUUGUUUCCAGAGUUUUCUAUGCUCCCUUCAGGUUCUCGUUAUAGACUACCAAAGAUGAAGAGUGACCGAUAUAAAUAUUCAUUUGUUCCUUGUGCAAUUCGGUUGUUAAAUGGCUUUUAGGGAAUUUGGUAGGGAAAUUUUAUUCUAUUAUAUUUUAUGUAUUUUAUGUAUGUAUGUUUUGGUGUGUAUUGUAUGGGUCUGUUGUGUUUCUGAUACUCGCUGCAUCCAAAUUGCCAGCAAGGGAUCUUAAUAAAGCUUGACCUUGACCUUGACCUUGACCUGUAUGCUGACCUGUCCCCUAACCUCCCACCUUCUUUGGAGCCCUCAGUCACCCCUGUUCCCACAUAAAGCCUAGAGGGGGCUGCUGUUCCUGAGUUUAGCCCAGAGAGGGCUCCUGUUCCCAAGUCCAACCCAAAGAGAGACUCCUGUCCAGAGAGGGUUUCUGUCCCCAAGGGCAUCCCCCAGAGACUCUGCCUUAUCCACAAGUUUCCUACGCCCCAUUAGGGCUUGCGUCAAAAGUGGGAGCAUCUUCCGGUUCAAAGUAAACAAGCGGGACGUAACCCUCAUUCAUUCAACAGUUGACAGGAGUGACGGGCAAAUGAAGCCUCAUGAAGCACCGAGACUUUCCUCUGACUGUUUCAGAAAAAGAUUCAAAGCUUUGAGAGUGUCGAAAACAGCGCAAUCUGGUGGUUAGUAAAAAGCUCCAUUGGAAGAAGCAUUCACCACAAUUUCCAUAGAUCGAUCCAUGUUACAUGCACAAAUAAAAGCCUAACAGUGUGUGUGUUUGUUUGUUGAAUUUCUGACUCUGAUAAAUUAAUUUACCCAUUGAACAUUGCCAUUAAAUGCCAGUACGAAUAUCAAUUUGAUGAAGAAUGAAGAACAAUGUACACAUAUAUUAAUUGCAUAUGGCAUAUAUUUAAUUUUCCCAAAAUAAUUUGUAGAUAUGUGGAUAUGUCAGGAUCAUGGACCCCUCGUUAUCCCAUGUACUUAAGUUCCUGUCUGUGCAUUAUUCCUUUGUUGGGUCUACAUGUUAUGUUCAUGUGUCAACUCCAC